AUGGCAUCAAGACGCUACUCUGGUGAAGGUACUAAUUGGACCAAGGCAGGUUUCGUGAAGACCCUGACGGGCAAGACCAUCACCCUUGAGGUCGAGUCCUCCGACACGAUCGACAAUGUCAAGUCCAAGAUCCAGGACAAGGAGGGAAUUCCCCCGGAUCAGCAGCGAUUGAUCUUCGCUGGCAAGCAGCUCGAGGAUGGCCGAACCCUGUCUGACUACAACAUCCAGAAGGAGUCUACCCUCCACCUGGUUCUCCGUCUGCGUGGUGGUAUCAUUGAGCCCUCCCUGAAGGCUCUCGCCUCCAAGUUCAACUGCGACAAGAUGAUUUGCCGCAAGUGCUACGUACGCCAAUUACUAUUAUUUAGCCGUAAAUAA